AUGCCACAACAGGAGUCCCCAGAAUCCGCCGAGCAACCGCUUCAGGGCGUGGUGUUGUGCUUCACCUCAAUUGGACCAGAAGACCGGACUCGAUAUGCCGAUAUCGCUAUCAAGAUGGGAGCCGAGCACAAGCUCGACUUGACUUCAGAUACAUCCCACCUAAUCGUCGGUAGCACAGACACCCUCAAGUACCAGUAUGUCGCCAGAGAAAGAGAAGAUAUAAAGGUCUUGCUUCCCGAGUGGAUUGAGGCUGUGCGAGAACAGUGGAUCAACGAUCUUCCUUCGGACCUGGACGCUCUUGCCGUCAAAUAUCGAGUGCCCACCUUAGCCGGCUUGAAAAUAUGCAUAACCGGAUUCGAAGACCUUGUCUUCCGUGCCCAACUACAGAAGAAUGUCAAGGAGAACGGUGGUGAAUAUACCGGUGAUCUGACCAAGGACGUCACUCAUCUGAUCGCCGCGAAGCCCGAGGGAAAGAAGUACGAGUACGGGAUGCAGUGGCAGAAAAAGGUUGUAAGCCUGAAAUGGUACAAGGACAGCCUUGAGAGGGGCAUGCAGCUGGACGAGACUCUCUACCAUCCCACACUUCCAGUCACUGAGCAGGGUGUUGGCGCGUGGAAUCGAAAACAGCGACCAUCUCCGCAACUGGGCAAACGUGCACGGGAAGAGACCAUUGGUGCGGAGCCAUCUCGGAAACUUCGAAGGACUGCAAGUGUUCGGCUGGGGAGUCAGAAUCAGGGCAUGUGGUCGGACAUUGUUGGUGGUGCUGGUUUCGAGGCUACGACUGAUGGCCGUCCGCGGCUGAAGCCUUCUAUCUCCAUGCCAUCACUCCGAAGACUAGACGGACCUGCAACCCCGGCGGAGACCGUUCGAAACGAUCAAUCCGAUGCUCGAUCUGAUCCUGGCAAUACACGCUCUGAAGGGUUCCUGGCUGGCUGUCACUUCAUGGUACAAUGCCUGGAUCAGAAAAAGAAUGCACACUUACGAAGAAUAUUGACCUCACUGGCCGCCACAAUCAUUGAUGAAGACGAAACUCAAAGCAUUGUUGAACCUAACAAAUUGUUCGUCAUAUUGCCACACAAUGUGGCCGCGGCUGGAGCAUUUCCUGUGGGGACCAUUCCUGAUGGCUUCCAGGUGGUAUCUGAACUCUGGUUGGAGAAAUGCAUGAUCGCGAAGUCAUUCAUAGCCCCUGAAAGCUAUCCACUUGGCCAGGUGAUCAGAGAACCGCGAACAUCGUUGAAAGGUUUGACCAUCAAUGUCAGCGGUUUUGACGGAAUCGAGAAUGUGCAUAUUAUUAAGAUCGUCACAUUGCUCGGUGGCACGUACGUGGAGGCUUUCACUUCGGCAAUUUCAGUGCUUAUAUGCAGAGCCGCAUUUGCGAGAAGGGACAAACUUGAGCUGGCGCAUCAUUGGGGUAUUCCUGUGGUGACGGAGGAAUGGCUGUGGUCGACGAUGAAGGAUCAUGCCAAAGCAAGCAUAAAGGAUCAUCUUCUGCAACCUCAACGAAUGAAUACUGACACGACUAUCGUGACGAAAGCACCCACGACCGACCAUGAGCAGCUCGGGACGAUAUUUCUACAGAGAAAAGCGAGCGAUGGGUCAGCGCGCCGACAAGGACGGCCACAGGCAGCUGAUAAGCCAACUAGGACAGGAGCGGUAACAGUUACUCCUACAAGGUCGAGUACGCCCGUCAUUGUUCACCAGGAGUCCGCAGAUGUUGCAGAUGUCCCAGAUGUCGCAGAUGUCGCAAAUGUCGCAAAUGUCGCAGAUGUUGGAGACGUUGCGGGUGUCGCAGAUGGGCGCGAAAUGAAGGUAUUCUCAGGGCGUACGAGUGCCUCUGGACGAAGUGACACACAGGACGGAUCGUACAUUGGUGGGAAGUGUCCCCUCCGAGAGCUCCCUCCAACUUCUGCUCGCAGGAACGGUCAGGCUAUUGAACAUACUAAGGCUCCGAUCCGCUCACUCGACGAUGCAUCUAGCGUGGAAGAGCAGAAGGCAAAGGAAGAGACGCAAGGGGCGGUAGAAGUCGCAGCAAAGCUCAUCGACGUUUGUGCGAUCAAUGGGGCAAUCAGGGACAUGUUGAGGGGCCGCUCAAACCAGAAAGCGGCCAAUGAAAAAGCGAACGAUGAACCAAGGAAGAAGCCUAACAGACUGGUCGGCCGAGCCCUCAGCAACCUGUCCAAUGCGUCGUCGGCCUCGAAUGUGCGACACUCAAGAGCGAGCUCUGUUGGCAGCGUAAACACAGACGGCAUCGGCAGCGAGCUUCCGACCAAGCAGUUGGGAGAGAAUCAGGAAGGCGAGUCAACAUCCGCCGCCGAAAAGAGGAGCUUCAGCCUCAACGGACGAGCUAAGACUCCUCUAGCAGGGCUGAAUUCUGCGGCAUAUGGGAUGGGAGAUCCUGAUUUGGUCGGGCCGGCAGGCUUUCACGCCGAGCAGGAAUCAGCGCCUCGCAUGACACAACUUGGUUACGAAGACCCCGAAGAGGCAAUUCUGUUGCGCGAAAAGCUGGCUGCUUCGAGACGGAAAAGGUCAAAGAACCACGGCGACAGUGAAGCUGAAAAUCAAGACGAGGAAGCGAAACCACCGGUGACCAAGCGAAAGACCGCCGACCGCAAGAUUCGCGACGACGAUCUACUGGCCAUCGCGAACACAGGGUGGGGAAGCCGAACGAGGACGAGGCAUAAGCAGCGGAGUCCUCCAGGCAUCAAAGGUUUUUGA